CUAGCCUAACCAGUCUCCUUCGAUUAACCGUGGUUCAACACCAUACAUCGCCAUCACCAGACAGCAUUACGAUGUCGAGUUUAACAGAAAAACACCGCGCGUAUCACUUGCGGAAAAUGCGAACUCGAUUUACCAGGUUAGAUUUGAAUCACGAUGGUUUCAUAUCUCGCGAAGACUACGAGCUCAUGGCCACAAAAGUGCAAGAGUGUGGUAAAUUGAACGCAGAGGACGCCGAAUCGACACGCAAUGCAUUCAUGACAGUUGCUGAUACAUUGGGUCUGAAACCUGGAGUAAAGAUCCCUGUAGAAGAAGCAGCUAAAAAGGCAAACCGAGAAUUCGCAGUCAUGGCACAAGAAAAACGACUAGCUUUCCUAAAAGAAACUCAUAACCCAAUAUUUGAUGCCCUGGACCUCAAUAAAGACGGUCACAUUUCCCUGGACGAGUUCAAGGUGUAUUUUCAAAUAAUCGCUCCUGAUAUUUCCGAAGAUGAGGUGACGCAUUCCUUCAACAUGAUUGACUCGAAUAAGAAUGGUGAAAUUAGUCGUGAGGAAUUCAUCACAGCUGCUUUCGAUUUUAUCCAUGGUUUUGAAGAAACAGAAGUCUCAAAAGUAUUCUUUGGACCUUUGCUAUCAUAGACUGCACGAAAAGUGAACUGAAUAGACUUGUAACUAUCAUAUUUAUGAUUAUUGAAUUAUUUGAUAUGAUUAAAAAGUACGUAGGAGUGCAUGCUAUUUUCUAGUUUGACUUGAAAUGAUAAUAGUCAUAGUGUAGCGGGCAGUCAUCCAACAAGUGUCAACAUAUCACAGAAUUAGAGAAAGAAUUUGUGAACAUUGAGGCAUGUACGCCAAAGCUAAUUUUUGUACGCGCCGUAAUACACCCUUUCGAUAAUUACGUCAUUUGGCCUGGGAGCCUCGCUCUUAUGAAUAGUGAGCUAACCACCUUGCGUAAUUUACUAAUGAGAGCGAGGCUCCAAGACCAAAAAGUACGUGUGACGUAAGUAUGGAAAGGUGUAUAUUUUGCUGAUACAAGGAUAGUCGCUAUUACGCAUUUUCAAUAGUCAGUGCAUUUUGCUUUUUAGUCAUGGAUAUUUCGUUAUCUUGAUAACAAUAAGGUAAAAAUAAAUAUAAAUGAUUUUCUUUGUUUUGUGGACACGUUUAUUUCUUCGCUCGCGGCCUUUGGCGAAUUAGGUUUCAAUCCGAGUCCGGUCUUCAUCGCAUGGUGUUAUAAUAAUUCAAUAUACUGGUGAAGAUCCAUGCAAGGCGGCUGCUUAUGGAUCGAAAGCUAGCCAAUAUACUGUUAUACAAAAUACACGUAAAUACCAUAAUUCACAUUAUUUUGCAACCAUACACAUCGCUAAUUUGGAUAACACGCCUGUGAUUUAGAAUAAAGAGGUUCUUUUUAAAAUCAUUUGAAAUCGGUCUCCCAAGGAGAGAUGUUAUAAAUAUACAGACACCUUGUCUGCUAUACGCAAUUAUACACUUCAAUCCAUUGCCA